AUGGCUGCCAUGGCGCGAGCACUUCAAGCUUUCGCUAGCUAUUUACUUUCAAGUGAAGCAAGGACAUGGUGGACGAGUGUGAGGGGAAGAAUUACCCCGGAGGAAGGAGAGUUGACUUGGGAAAUCUUCAAGAAUUCUUUUCUUGAGAAGUAUUUUCCGGUGGAUGCCAAAGGUAGGAAGGAGAUGGAAUUUUUGGAAUUGAAGCAAGAAGCGAUGUCAGUAGGUGAGUAUGCCGCAAAGUUUGAAGAGUUGUGCCGAUUCAAUCCGCACUACAACGCGGCUAGUGAUGAAACAUCAAAGUGUGUCAAGAUUUUCGAAGAAAAUGAGAAGACACGAAAGGAGUACUUGAAAGGACUGGGUGUGAAUAAGGCACCAAGGAAGAAAGAGGAGAAGAGGAAACCUUAUUUCCGACCACAGGAUCAGGGAAGGAAUCAAUUCGGAAGGACUUGGAACCCAACGAGAGGAUCUGGAUUCCAAGGGAGACCUGGAGGAUUCAAUAAUACCCCGUUCUGCGCGAGAUGUGGCAGUAAUGGACACCGUGCGCAAGAAUGCAGAGUGGUAUUGGGAAGACAAUCGGGAUUACAAACUGGAGGAAGCGGAAACCCGAAUCCCACCACCACAGUUGGAGAAGGGAGCAAUAGGAAUGCAAACGUGACACCCAGAGACAAUAGGAGGGUUGGACGCUCAGCGAUCAAAGGGAAGGUGUUCGCAAUGACGGUGGAGGAAGCGUCUGAAUCACCGGAGCUCAUUGAAGGUGCAACGCAUUCGUUUAUAUCACACGAGAGGGUCAAACAAUUAGGAUUUCCUGUGACAAGUUUGGCAUGGGACUCCGAAAUUAGUACCCCAACUAAGAAUACUAGUAGAACCUCUAAGUUACCUUUGGAGAUGAGGGACAUCUUAAAUGACUCAAACAUACCAGUGAGGAUAAUUCGAAACGUGAAGUAG